AUGCCAAAGGGCGACGGCGCCGUCCGCCGCGCCGCCGCGCGCGAGCAGCGCGAGGAGGAGAUCGAGGAGCGCAAAUUCAAGAAGGCUGAGGAGAAGAAACUCAUCUUCGGGGUCAACCCCCUGCACCUCUUCUUCCUCCUGCUCUUCACCCUGCCCACGAUCCUGGGCGUCGUGGACUACUUCUUUCCCUUUUCCAAGGUGCCCGGCGGCGGGUACGGGAGCCUGGACCCGGCGCAGGCGGAGUGGCGAAUGCGCCUGCGCGCAUUCUACUCGGAGCACAACCCGGGAAAGAUGGAUGAGAUUCCAAACCUGCUGCGCAAGUACAAGGGUAAGGAGCGGUUGCUGUGGCGCAAGCUGAACAAGAAGUACGCCCCCAAGGAUGACGAUUAG